UUCAAUUGACUGCUACUGUGCUAAAUUCAGGAUUGUCAUCUGCAUGAAUAUGACUUCUCCACGGACAUUUGGAUUCUCUCUCAAUAGCAACAGAGCGUCGGGACCCAGCUGGGGAGUGUUUUGUCGAGCUCUGCUCUGCUGGCGAGUUGCAGAGCACAGGGAGGUAGAGAAGGAAUAAAAAACCUUGCAUACACUUCAACCGUGUUACUGUUGGAUUGUAUAUCCUUUUAGAUUAGCAGGCAGAUCAGAUCGACAGGCAUUCCCACGCAAUAAACCUUGCUGUCUGUCUCUCCGAUAUUUGCAACAUUGUGACAAAUGGAGGGAUGUAACAAUUUCCCUCUUCACUUGAUCUGCCUGAGACUGACUUACCCCGGCGUGUAUCCUUUUGUUUCAGAGACCCAGGCGUCCUCCUCAGUCAAUCCCCCAAGAUCGACUGUGGGUUAACUCGGAGGACAGAGCCCCCUCCUUAGCCCCCCUCCCCCUCUCUGUACCCCCAGUUUCUCUCUAUUCCUGCUUUGCUUCUAUUAGUUUCUAUUUACCUUUGCUAAACCACCCUAAUCUUUCUGCUAAGAUCUCUUUCUUUCUCCCUCUAUCUCGCUCGCUCACUCUCUUUCGCUCUCUCCCUCCCACUUCUUGCCAUCUCCCUCCCCUAGCUUCUUCAAAGCCAGCAGUGCUCUAUUCCAUCCAGGAUGCUUGCUACAUGAUAUCUCGGAACACAGCGUUCGACGCUGCUCUCUCGCUGCCUGAUGCCGGAGCUGUCUCAGAUUUUAAUCUCAAGAACGGCAGGAUGCUCCUGCACAGGGAUUGAUCCCCCCUUUUCCCUCUCGUUCUCCCCUUCCCCUCCCCUUUCCUAAUCUCCCGCCCUCUGACCCUCACCCCCGCUUCUCUUUCCCGACACCCCUGCCCAUUCUUUCUCACCCCAAGCCUCCUCUGCCCCUCUCUGCUCUUACCCCCUUGACCAUGUUGCCAUGUGUCUGCUGGCUCCAGCCUCUCCUCGUCUUGCUGUCCUCUGUCCUACGGGCUCAGGGGGAAAACUGUCCAGCGAGCUGCCUAUGCCCGGACCCCCACACUGUGGACUGCAGCGGCCGUGGACUCACCCGUCUUCCUGAUGAGAUCCCCUUGGACGUCCGCAGGCUCCUUCUCUCUGACAACUGUAUCCCCCGCAUUCCCUCUGACUUCCUAGUGCUCUACAGUGACCUGGUCUACCUGGACCUACGGAACAACUCUUUGUCCCACAUCGAGCCGGGCACCCUCAGCACCUCUUCCAGGCUGGUGUUUCUGGACUUGGGCAGCAACAACCUGACCGAGAUCCCCUCGGGGACCUUUGGGCAGUCCCGUAGCCUGAUCAAACUUCGCCUGGGCAAUAACCCCUAUCUGAGCAGGGUCAACGAGGAUGCAUUCCUGGGCCUCACCUCCCUGCGUGAACUGGAGCUGGAGCGUAACGCCCUGUCUGGCCUUCAGGUGGGGGCGCUGAGCCAGUUGCCCUCUUUACGGGUGGUGAGACUGGAGGGCAACCCUUGGGUGUGCAACUGCAACUUUGCCAACCUGUUUGGAUGGCUGGAGGAAAACAGUCAAAAGCUUCCAAAUGGAGUGGAGGGCAUGGAGUGUACAUUACCCAUGGACGGCAGACGGGUGUCCCUGAGCCAGCUAUCACAGGACAGCUUCCGGGAGUGUCAGAUCACCCUUACCUUAACAGACUUACUCAUCAUCAUAUUUUCUGGCAUCUCUGUGUCCGUAGUGGCCAUCAUGACCAGCUUCUUCCUGGCCUCCAUUGUCCACUGUUUCCAGCGCACAAGCAAAACCACUAAGGGAGAUGAGGAGGAGAGUGAGGAGUGAGACUGACUGUGUCCCAGAGCGCGCAUGAACUGACACCUCAUCUGGCCCUACCGUGAGACCAGGCUGCUGCCCAACAUGCUGCCCAACCUUCCGCCUCACACAGGUGGAGAACUGGGAGAGGAAUAGAGGGAUUGAGUGACACAUUUUGCAUUGAUUUGUGGGGUUUUCCAAAAGCCCUGAUACUGCAGAUGCUGUUCUCUCUGCAUGUGUGGGAAAUAUAUAAACAUGUCCCAAUGAGUUAUAGUCACAGAUAGAAUAGAUCAUUCUCUAUGUCUAUGGUGUUGACAGUGUGCUGUGGUUGCUCUUUAAAAGCAUACUGAAUAGCUCUUUAAUGCACACAAAUUCACUGGUGGUUGAUGAUUUGAUAGGAACACCAAGAUGUAGAAGAAAUAAUACAUUUAUAAAGAGUUGCAUACUUUGCAGUUAGCUUUUCAGUGCCCAGCCUAGAUCCAAACAAAGACAUAUCCAAACAAAGACAGUAUUAGACAUAACAUAAAAGCAAGUAAUACAGAUUUUCAGAAACUAUUUACAUUUGGUUUGACAUUUUUACAUCUUACAGAUGUUCAUACCGAGUCAUUAAACUGUGAUUUAUUUUGAAAUGAAGUAGCUAUAAGUAGCCGCAGGCUCUUAGAGCCCAAAAUGAGUAUUGAGUAUUGGCUAAGUGAAAAUGUUUGUUGAAGGAUACAGUACGUCUCAUAUUGAACGAGGGCCUUAGAUUGCCAUUGUAAUCCUUGGGCGGGUCACCUAAAGCGUUGUUUUGGGCCAAAACAGAUUGAAAAACACUUUCAGUGUAAACUUAAAUUACUAAAACCAGAUAUAAAGUAUGCAAAAAAGAUAAUAAAGCUUUAUAUAUAUAUAUAUAUGUUUUAAAUAUACACUUUGAGAACUAACAAUCACCAAAAGCUAGGCAGUCAGGGAGAAUUGAACACUUCAAAAACAAUGCAUUUAGCCGUGUUGAUUUUGUUAUUAUGUUCGAGCAUUAGAACACAGCAUUAGCCAAGGCAAAAUUGAAUAGAAUUGCAGGAAAUUCGCUUUAAAUCUGCUAAGAUUUCUCUCAGCUCAAGGGAUUUUUUAUUUGAAUUGCAGUAAAUUGGCUUAAAAAUGCUAAAAUGUCUGUACACCAUCAAGAUGGGGGCCGCUAAAAUGUUCAGCCACACAGACGAGCCGACCGCACCCAAUGCCACUCCCCGAGCUACUACGUCCAGUAUAAUGGAAUGUCCUGCCUUCUCAUGGAGUUCAAUAUGUUUUAUUUUGGGACUGCCUCACAGGUUAACUAGUGUUCUGCAAAAAUGGUUUUGCUGUUGCAGAAUGCAAUACUGAUUAAGUGCAGCAGGAGGGGUAAAAUGAGUGUUCUGUGAAGGAACAGUAUAUAUCCACAGAUGUAUGUAUCAAUGGAAAUAUAGUAAACAACAUUUUAGAAAAAGAUUUACAUCUUCCAGAUGAUACAUGUUCCCUAGAUUGAGAAUUGUAAAUUGUGUAAAAUGCCAUACAUAUAAUCUAAUAAACAAUGAUAAUUAUAGGUGUAGAACCAAAAUAGAAUUGAUGUGUCAAAUACUACACUUUAAAUGGUGACCGUUGUACCUGAGUUUGGCCCCUAACUCCACUGAGUGGACUAGUGUUGCCUAUAUCUGCCAAAGAUUAGGUUUAGAGGAAAUGGGCAUUAGGGACUUCCAUGUGGAUUGUGUAGUGUACAGUGUUGUAGUGUUGGUCCUUAAUAAAAAGGAAUCCACAGUAUAGCCAAAUAACAUUGAAUUGAUGUAACUGUAAAAUCACUUAUGGUCUUCAUGCAGAUUGCAAUUUGCUUUAAGCCUUGAUUAGCUUGCUUAGUCAAAGGUAUCAUUUAAGCUAGUUGGUUUCCCCUCACAUGGCAAGAACAAAAUACAUUUAAAGCUAUGGUUAAAAAAAACGGUAUAUUCACGAGAGGAUGUCAAACUGCAAAAUGCAAAAAGCAGAGCAAAGAAUAACAUCCACAGUGGAAAAAAAGUACACUUGGAUUCUUUCUAUUAAAAAAGAGAGAGCAUUUAUGAAUGACAAAUAUUUUUGGGGAGGAAUUACAUUAUGAACAGGGCCAAAUAUAAUGCAGCGUUUUCGAGUGAUGUGGGGAAAAGAAUAAGACAAAUGUGGCCUUACAUGUCUUGGAAUCAAUGUACACCAUACAGUUGAUGCACAGAGAUGUCAUAUAAAAGGGAUACUUCAGAGCUCUCAGAUACUAUCCUUGGUUGCUCGUUAUGUUCUGUAUAUUGUUUAGUGUUGGAUUUCAUCCAACAUUUUCAAUGGGAUAGUUUGAGCAAUAAAUGAACCACGAAGAUAUACUUUUCAUGGAAUAUUCUAGUUUAUAUUACAGCCCACAGAUUAUAGUUUCUCAUACCCUAAAUAUGAUGUUAUCUAUCAUCAGUGUUGGAUGCAUAUUAAACACUGGUUGUCAAUGACUACAGAGGAGACCAAGUUAAUAGAUUUUCUUGGCAACGCUGCAUCGGAUGGACAGCUACAUGAAUUGCUUAUUAUUGUUUGAGAAAUGAUUAAAUGCUUCAGUUAACCUUUCAUAUGACCAUCAUACAGUAUGUGUAGCAUAACAUUGAAACAUAUAACCAUAACGAAGACACUGAGAUAAAUACAUGUCUGUUUAUGCAGUUUCCUGUGAACAUAGCAUUGAGUAUGAAGUAACAAUAAUAGCAAUCUAUGAAUUGUCAAGCAUGUGUCAUUCACAAUAUUCAGUAUAAAGGAAAUGAAUUAUCCUGACUAAUCAUCCAUCACAGUGGGUAAUGUGACAGGUAUUGGUUUUACCAUGAAUAAGCAACCAUGUGCAAUAACAAAUAUGUCUUAGCAUAAUGGAAGUUCAGGUCCUAAAAGACACAGAAAUACAAGUAAGUACAACAAAUAACUUCUAACUACUAUGUAGUUACAGUGAAAUUAUAUGACAAAUAUUUUAGUUCGCUUGGAGCAAUUUUCAGCAUGCCGUUUAUUUAAUUAAUUUGAUAAUUUGUAAGUUAUUAAUUCAUUUAUCGUUAGAUACGAACAAAGCAUGUAACCCUAGCUUUUAUUUCUGCUUUCCAGAUUCAUAUGUAUAUUUUUCUAUUAAAGUCUAUGGGAUGCAACUCUUCUGUGUCUGCACAUAUCACAUGGGAGGUCUCCUGGCUGUCUGUGCCAGUUCACCUUGACAAUGGUUCUAUAUCCUUGAAGAACACGUGUCGCUGAUGGAUACUGUUGUAUGUUUUUCUUGACUUAAAAUAAGAUGAUGUCACUCCCCUUUAUGUUUAAAAAGUUAAACGUUGAAUCAAGGCUGUUAAAAACAAUUAGCAUGUUUGGAAACAUAUGGUGUGACCUUGGUGAGCUGUCUGAAUCCAUGGCAUAAAGAUAGUACCAUUGGGUUGUCAGCGUUAAAACUGUUUCAAAUCAUAGGAAAGAAAGUCAAUUAGGCUUCUUCUGUAUUUCUGUUGCCAGACCUGUAAGCCUUCACACAUAGGGACAUACUAUUUUGACCAGGUCAUUGCAUUAUUCUCAAAAGAGCUGUGAAAAGGUCAUAUUGUGUCAACCACAUAAAUCAUUAGCAUAUAUAUACAUGGCCAGGACAUCCUCUUCAUCUUUGACAUGCAUUGAUACAUUAUUACCUGGUAAUAAGUCACACUUCAAAUGGCAUAUCCAAUCAAAUUUGGCAUAGAUCUGACAGUAGGCUAUAUGCAAUCAGUUGGCAGCAUUUUGAAAAAUGAUGUUCUUUGCACAUUUUUUUUUGCUAAAUUUGUAAUUCCAACAAAAAAAGCUAUGAGCAACAUUGUCAGAGCAGGAUGUAUAAUGUAUGUGUGCAAAAAACAAAAAAAACAAAAAAAGUGCAUUUUUGAAAUUA